AUGAAUAUAGUGGUGACAAAUUAUGGGAUAUUAAGCAAAAAUUUUAUUAGAACAUAUUUAGGACAUAAAAUACAUACAAUCAAAGGGACGUACAAAAAUAUUUCCAUAUAUCAUGUAGAUAUAAAAAGAUAUUGUCAUAACAAAAGUAGAAGUAAAAUAAAAUGUAAAAAUACUGGUGUGAUGAAUAAGGAUAUGAAUUUUAUUAUAUGUGAUGAACUGAAAGAAAAAUAUAUAGAUAAUAAUCCUAUGAAUAAUGUACAUAAUAAUAGUAGUUAUAAUAAUUUUAAUACUUUUUAUGAAAAUGGAAAUAAUAAAGAUAACUUUAAUGUAUCAAAAAGAUGUGUAGGAAAAAAAGUUAUAAGAGAUACAUUUAUAAAUAAGAUCAAGGAAGGCACGUUGUCCCUACUAAAUUUAGAAAUAGAAGAAUUAAAUUAUGAAGAAUUAUUAAAAUAUAAGAAUAUAAAAAAUGUUGUAGGAAUGAAAAAUAAAUUGACAAUAUUAAAAUAUUUUAAUAGCUAUUUAUUAAAAAAUAAUAAAGGAAAAUAUUAUAUAUUAAAAGUGUUGAUGUUUUGUAUUGUUAAAGAUAUACAUAAAUAUAAAAACAAUGAAUUAAUAUACAUUUUAUAUAUAUAUAAAUAUCAUAAUUAUUUAAAUCCAUUUUUAAUAUUACAUAUAAUAGAUAAACUAUGUUGUGAUAAUUAUAUAUAUAAUAUGAAUAUAAAAGAAUUUGUCUUUUUAUUAGAUAUUUUAAAUGUGCCACUUGUUAUGACAAAUAAAUUUAUUCAAAGUAUUAUGGAUUAUAUAAAUAUCAAUAAAAAUAAAAUAGAAUAUUGUAAAUAUUAUUUUGACAUAGCUUAUUUUUUAGCGAAAAAUAAUUUGUAUAAUAAAUAUAUAUUUGAUACAAUCGCUCAAUAUUAUACAUCACAUUCAUAUAAUUUUGAGUUAUCCAUUUUAUAUAUGUUUAAUAGUGAACACAAAAAUAUUAAUAGGAAUAAUAAUGCUUUUCCUAUUAAAGGGAGUUACAACAUAAAUAAUAACAUCGUAGAUAUAAACAUAUGUGAAGAAUUAAUAAAUAAUGAUGAUUAUUUAAAUGUUAAACAAAAAAAUAUGUUAAAAAAAGUCGAACCUGAUAAUGGUUGUUAUGAUAAUACAUAUGAUAGUAAUAAUAUAAUAAAUUUCAAGAGAGAAAUACAUAAACAUUUAUAUAUAUUAUCCAAAUAUGGAUAUAAGAAUAUCCAAAUAUAUAAUAACAUGUUCAAGAUCAUAAUUUUUUCAUGUAACCAUUUUAAACCUUUUGAAGUUAGUUCAAUUUUCAAAUCCUUGAAAAAUAUAAAUUAUUUUAACAUUGUUUUAUUAGAAAAAUUGACUAGUACAUUAAAACGAAAUAUUAGCCAAUAUAAGACAAGUUUAUUAUUAGAUUGUUUAAACACAUUAUCUUUUUUUAAUUACAAAGAUGAUAAUAUUAUAACUACAAUAUUAAUUAAUUUACCCAGGAAUAUAUCAACAUAUACCUCUAAUCAGUUUUUAAAAUUAGUAUAUUUUAUGGAUAAUUUUAUACCUUUUUCAAUAUAUUUUAAAAUAUUUUUAAAUAAACAAAUUUGUAUAUUUUCCUCCUCUUUUGGAUUAUGUCAUCUUAUUUCUUUAUUAAAAAUAUUUACUCACCAAAAUUUAAUAUCUAAUCCUAUUUUAUAUUUGUUAAAAAUAAAAAUUAGUAAAUAUAAUAAAUCAUUAACAUAUAAUGAUAUAAAAAGUAAACAUAUAAAUGAAAAACCGGUUGAAACCUUCCCUUCAAUAAAUUACACAGGCAAUAUAAAAAUAAGUUAUAAAGAUAUAUAUUCAAUAUUUUAUCAUAUGCAUUUAAUGAAAAUACAGUAUAUAGACUUGGCUAUAAAAUGUAUAGAAUGUAUAUUUUUUAUGGAAAAAAAUUUUAAAAAUAUAUUUUCUGAGGAUAUAGAAUAUAUAACAAAUUCAUGUUGUUAUUUCUUAUUACUUAAUGAUAAUUAUGAUGAUCCAUUUUUAAGAAAAUUUAUAAAUGUUCAUAUAGAAAAUUUUUUUUCUUUUGUCGCUUCAAAUUUUGUAAAAAAUGAAUCACUGGAAAAAGCAAAUGAAUGUAUAAAUGGUAAUUUGGAAAUGGAAAAAAUAAAUCAUAAUAAUAAUAAUAAGAAGAAGAAAUAUAAAACUGACAAUAUCAAAAUGGACGAUAUCAAAAUGGACGAUAUCAAAAUGGACGAUAUCAAAAUGGACGAUAUCAAAAUGGACGAUAUCAAAAUGGAUGAUAUCAAAAUGGAUGAUAUCAAAAUGGACCAUAUCAAAAUGGACCAUAUCAAAAUGGACCAUAUCAAAAUGGAUGAUAUCAAAAUGGAUGAUAUCAAAAUGGAUGAUAUCAAAAUGGAUGAUAUACAUUUUGCACAUUAUGAAAAAAACAAUGGAACAAUACAUUUUAAUAAUAAAAUUAAUUACAAUGAACAAAUUAUAGAUAUACAAAACAAUAAUAAUGAUAAAAAAAAUCCAUAUUUGGCAUUUAAUAAAAGAAAGAAUGUUUAUGCAAUAAUCAUAUUAACACUUAUAAAUGAAUUAGUAUACCAAAAUUCAAUAAAAAAAAUAUCCAAUAUAAUACACAACUUUAAUUUGGAAUAUAUAAAAAAUAAUAUAUAUGUCUUUUUACAAUACUUUAAUAAUGAAAAAAAUGAGAAAGAAAAAUGUGAUACUAUAUAUAUACUUGAGAAAUUAUUUCCAUUACUAUAUUUCCCUAACAUAAAUCAUGUACAUUUGAAAAAUAUAAGUAGAAAUAAUUUUUUUAUAUCUACUUUCAAUUUAACAUAUGUUCAAAAUGGAUAUAAUAAUUAUUUGAAAAGUGAACAUAUUAAAAAAGAAAUAAUAUCCAACCAAUAUAUACUCAAUGAAAUAUAUAAAAUAUUACGAGGUUUAAAACAAAAGAAUUAUAUUUUUAAAUUGAUAAAUAAAAGCCACACAAAAUCUUUCUUUUUAUAUAAUCACUAUAUAUAUGUAAAAAAUAUAAGGAAUGGAGAUAAAAUAGCCAUCUUAUUUGCAUCAAAAAAUUAUUAUUAUAAUACGAUAGACGAUGCUAAUUUUGGAUUGACUUCUAAAAUGGGGAAAAAAUUAUUUGAAAAGAACAAAUUAACAAAAGAAGCUAUAACACAAAUAGAGUAUUUUAAAAUAUAUUUUAAUAAGAUAUAUUUAGUAGAAUUUUAUACAUGGGAAAAUAUGAUAAAUAUCCAGGAAAAAAAGGAUUAUUUUGUAAAUUUGUUUAACAUAUGA